AUGAAACCACCGACGACGCUGCUCCUCUUCGUCGGAGCUCUUAUCUUCUUCUCCGCCGGAAACGUCAGAUCCGAUGCCUCCGAUCAUCGUUACAAAGAAGGCGACACUGUCCCUCUCUACGCCAACAAGGUCGGCCCGUUUCACAACCCCAGUGAGACGUAUCGUUACUUCGAUCUACCAUUCUGUGUUCCAGAGGGUGUGAAAGAUAAGAAGGAAGCUCUUGGUGAAGUUUUGAACGGAGACAGGCUCGUUAGUGCUCCGUAUAAGCUUAACUUCAGAGAUGAGAAAGACUCUGAGACGUACUGCAAAAAGAAGCUUAGCAGAGAAGAAGUUGAGCAGUUUAGAAGAGCUGUGGAGAAGGAUUAUUACUUUCAGAUGUACUAUGAUGAUCUUCCUAUAUGGGGAUUCAUUGGGAAGGUUGAGAAAGAGGGGAAAGCGGAUCCGACUGAGUUCAAGUAUUACCUUUACAAGCAUAUUCAGUUUGAGAUUUUGUAUAACAAGGACAGAGUUAUCGAAAUCAAUGCUAGGAUGGAUCCUCAUUCGCUUGUGGAUCUCACUGAGGAUAAGGAAGUUGAUGCGGAGUUUAUGUAUACUGUGAAGUGGAAGGAAACAGAGACUCCUUUUGAGAAGAGGAUGGAUAAGUACGCCAUGUCGUCUUCUCUUCCGCAUCAUUUGGAGAUCCAUUGGUUUUCGAUUAUAAACUCUUGUGUUACUGUUCUACUCUUGACUGGUUUCCUUGCGACCAUCUUGAUGCGGGUACUCAAGAAUGAUUUCAUGAAGUAUGCACAAGACGAGGAAGCUGCUGAUGAUCAAGAGGAAACUGGAUGGAAGUACAUUCACGGGGAUGUGUUCCGGUUCCCAAAGCACAAAUCUCUCUUUGCUGCUUCACUCGGUAGUGGGACACAGUUGUUCACUCUCACCAUAUUUAUCUUCAUGCUUUCACUUGUUGGAGUGUUUUAUCCAUACAACCGAGGAGCACUCUUCACUGCCUUGGUCGUUAUCUACGCUCUCACAUCUGGAAUCGCUGGAUACACUGCCUCCUCUUUCUACUGUCAACUCGAAGGAAAGAACUGGGUGAGGAACUUGUUACUCACUGGAGGUCUCUUCUGUGGCCCAUUAUUCCUCACCUUCUGCUUCCUAAACACCGUUGCAAUCGCAUACAGUGCAACAGCCGCUCUUCCCUUCGGAACCAUCGUUGUGAUCUUCCUUAUAUGGACACUAGUGACUUCGCCAUUACUAGUAUUGGGUGGUAUCGCCGGUAAAAACAGCAAAGCCGAGUUCCAAGCUCCAGUCCGCACCACUAAGUAUCCACGUGAGAUCCCACCAUUACCAUGGUACAGAAGUGCUAUACCUCAGAUGGCCAUGGCUGGUUUCCUUCCUUUCAGUGCCAUCUACAUUGAGCUAUACUACAUCUUUGCAAGUGUUUGGGGUCAUCGGAUCUACACCAUUUACAGCAUCCUCUUCAUCGUCUUCAUCAUCCUCUUGAUCGUUACGGCGUUUAUAACCGUUGCCCUGACUUACUUCCAACUCGCCGCUGAAGAUCACGAAUGGUGGUGGAGAUCAUUCCUAUGCGGUGGGUCGACUGGUUUGUUUAUCUACGCGUACUGCUUAUACUAUUACUACGCAAGAUCAGACAUGUCUGGUUUCAUGCAAACAUCCUUCUUCUUCGGUUACAUGGCUUGCAUUUGUUACGGGUUCUUCCUCAUGCUCGGAACCGUUGGCUUCCGUGCUGCUCUCCUUUUCGUCCGUCACAUUUACCGGUCGAUUAAAUGCGAGUAAAACUGUUGCUGCCAAAACCAACACAUUCUCAAAGCUUCACUUGCGAUUCUUUUUGGUAGAACAAAGAAGAUGAAAAAGAGAUCCGUACUUUAGGUAAGUAGAUUAAAAGACUUUGUUUUAAAGCCACAAACCAAAACAUCAAAUGGCUUUUUAAGGUUUUAUAUUUUCGUAGGGUUAUUUUACUACAAAUGCUUAAGUUUUUAACUCUUUUAAAGUUUAUGUUGAAACUUGUGUUUUGUUUAGGCGAGUCUCUUCAACUAUAAUGUUUUCUCUCUCUUUUGGGUAAUUAGUUAACUACGUUUCAUCUAUAUUGUUUUUCUU